AAUUUCUCUCUCCUGCUUCCAGCGAUGGCGUCUGCUGAUCUGAGACAGGAGCUGCACUGUUCCAUCUGCCUGAACAUUUAUACAGAUCCUGUAACCCUGAGAUGUGGCCACAACUUCUGCCGGGUCUGUAUUGAUCGUGUGCUGGAUGCACAGGAGGGGGCUGGAGUUUAUACCUGUCCUGACUGCAGAGCAGAGUGUCAGGAGCGUCCUGCACUGCAGAGGAACAUAACACUGUGUAACAUAGUGGGGAGUUUCCCGUCUACUUGGCCAGAUCAGGAGGAGACUGGGAUCUUCUGCACUUACUGUGUGGACUCUCCUGUACCUGCUGCUAAAUCCUGUCUGCUGUGUGAGGCUUCUCUGUGUGAUAAACACCUGAGAGUUCACAGCAAGUCAGCAGAACACCUCUUAUGUGAUCCUACCACUUCCCUGGGGAACAGGAAAUGCUCCGUCCAUAAGAAGAUCCUAGAGUAUUACUGUACUGAGGAUGCUGCCUGUAUCUGUGUGUCCUGCUGUCUAAUCGGGGAACACAGAGGGCAUCAGAUGGAGUCGCUGGAUGAGGCAUCUGAGAGGAAGAAGAAGAAGCUGAGGAAUGUUCUGCAGAAACUGACCACAAAGAGAGCGGAGACUGAGAAGAGAGUCCAGCGUCUGCAGAAGCGCAGGAGAGAAUAUCAGAGAAAAGCAGCUGGUGUAACAGAGACAGUCACUGCCCUGUUUAGAGACAUCAGGAGACAGCUGGAACACCUGGAGAAGAGAGUCCUGAGUGAGAUCUCCAGGCAGGAGCAGCGCGUUUCACUCUCGGUCUCUGAUCUGAUCCAGCAGCUGGAAAUAAAGACGGAUGAGCUGUCCGGGAAGAUGCGUCACAUUGAGGAGCUGUGUAACAUGGAUGACCCAGUGACUGUCUUACAGGAACCAGACACAGGGGACUUGUGUGAUACUGAGGACACAGAGAGACAUGAUACCCAGGUCCGUGGUGCAGGAGAUCUGGAUGUGGGUCUCAUCUCAGGGACAUUACACACAUUAUCUGAUAUAAUAACAGGUAUAAAUACAGGGAUCUAUGUGCAGGAAGCUACAGACCUGUUACUGGAUGUAACCACAGCUGCUAAUAAUAUACAGAUAUCAGGUGACAAGAAAACUGCAUCCAGGUCAGGUAUAAUCCAGAAUCACCCAGUAACACCAGAGAGAUUUCAUUGUGAUCAGGUAAUAAGCACCAGGAGAUUCUCCUCAGGGCGACAUUACUGGGAGGUGGAUGUCAGUAAGUCAGUGUACUGGAGGGUGGGGAUGUGUUACCCCAGUAUAGACAGGAGAGGAGGGAAGUCACUGAUUGGGGAUAAUAACAAGUCCUGGGGUUUGCGCAGAGAUAAUAAUCAGUACUCAAUGAGACAUGAUUGUAGAUGUAUCGGGUUACCUGACAAUAUCCCCUGUGACAGAGUGAGGGUAUAUCUGGAUUAUGAGGCAGGACAGCUGUCCUUUUAUGUUCUGUGUGACCCCAUCAGUCACUUACACACCUACACUACCACCUUCACUGAGCCACUCCAUGCUGCAUUGUGUGUAUGGGGAAGAGGUUGCAUAACUGUAUCUGUCGGAGUCAGGAGCUGGGAGAAAUUACCAUGCAACACAGGGAAGGCAAUCUGAUAGGUGUAAUAUUCAGCCAAUAGAAUAAAUCAGUGGGUGGAGCUAUAGCUGAGUCCCUCCCUCUGUGUACCAGGUGACCAGUGUGCCUGGAUGUAUUCCCGUGUUUGGGUCUUAUUCCUGUGUGCGCCAUGUAUAUCUGUUAUUCUUCUGUGUGCGCAUUCAUAUAUGUUAAUCCUGUAUGCUACAUGACUGUAUGUUAUUCACAGUUGUGUGCGCCAUGUACUCGUAUAUGUGUUAUUCCUGUGUGUGCGCAAUGUAUAGAUGUUAUUGUAACCAUAUAUAUAGUGUUAAUGAUGUGUAUAUAAAAAUAAAUAAUAUAUAUAUAUGCUGGUGUAAUAUAUCUAUAUGUGUAUAAGGUAUGUUGUAAG